AUGUCGGCGAGAUGUACAAAAAGAGGAGAAAGUCUUCUUCGCCGAAUGAUACAAACGACGACGGCGAAAACGACGGCACCGGCAUCGAACGCGCGUUACUUUCGCAGCGCUUUGAGCAACAACGAUAUCGCCUUUACGAAUGGUCGACGUGUUUACUCUUCUUUCGAUUGGUCCUCUUCCUCUUCUUCUUCUUCUUCUUCUAAGUCGUCGGGUGCGGCUUUUGCGGGUGCGGCGGCCACGGCGACGAUGAUGAUGGCGUACUUUUUGCCCUCUUCCUCUUGGUCCUCCUCUUCUUCUCUGGCUCGCUGCGAAGAGGCGAAGAAGGAGGCGAAGAUGUCGUCUUCUAAAGGAGGAAUGCCGUUCGAAAGCGUCACGUUGUACCAAUACGACGUGUGCCCGUUCUGCAACAAAGUGAAAGCGUUUCUCGAUUAUCACAACAUCCCGUACGACGUGGUCGAGGUGAACCCGCUGACGAAAACGGAGAUUAAACAGUUCGAACACGAGUGGAAGAAAGUGCCGGUGUUAGUCGUGGACGGGAAGGCGACGUAUAACUCGCGCGAUAUUAUAAAUGAAGUGGACGAGCGAGUGAGAAAACAUUCGGGUUUGACGAAAAGGUGGUUCGGAGAGAAGAGCAAGAAAGAGAAGGAGAAGGAAGAGGAGUGGUGCAAAUGGGUGGACGAUAGGUUCGUGCACGUGUUGACGCCGAAUAUUUAUAAAACGUUUCGAGAGGCGAUGGAGAGUUUCGAUUACAUCACGGAGAGAGGCAAUUUUGGGUUUUUCGAACGGCAAUCGGCGAGGAUUACCGGAGCAGUGAGCAUGUACGGGAUUUCGAAGAUGGUUUUAAAGAAAAGGCACGGGAUCGAAGACGAGAGAGCGUCCUUGUUCGAGGAGACGAGGAAGUGGAUGUCCGAGGGAGUUGGACAAAGCGGCGGCAAAUUUUGCGGCGGGGACGCGCCGAACAUCGCGGAUAUUUCCAUGUUUGGCGUGUUCAGAGCCGUGAAGACGUUCCAAACGUUCGAGGACGUGUGUAAAGAGGUACCGGAAAUGGUGCCGUGGUACGAGAGGAUGCAAAAAGCAGUAGGAGAGAGUUCUAGAUCGGACGGGUUGAGUAAUUGA